AUGCUGUCGUCUCAGUCGAACAAGAACAUUCUUAGCUUAACGGAAGAUCUACUCGUCCGGGUCCACGAGAAACUCGCCGACGAGUGGGAUCGGAAAUCGUUCCGGCUAGUUUGCAGAGAGUUUCUCCGAAUUGACUCACUGACUCGGAAGCAUCUCCGAGUUCUUCGAAUCGAGUUCUUGCUGAGUCUUCUCCAGAAGCACCCUCAAUUGCAAUCUCUUGACCUCUCCGCUUGUCCCCGCAUUGACGACGGAUUUGUUUCCUUGCUCUUAAAUCGGGUUGGUCGGGGUUCGAACUCCCUGAGAUGGGCGAAUUGGACUCUGGGACUGAAGAGUCUAGCACUGAGUCGAGCGACGGGGUUGAGGUUCUCGGGUUUUGAGAUGUUGGCACGUGCAUGUCCGUGUUUGGAGAGUGUAGACGUGUCGUAUUGUUGUGGGUUUGGAGACAGGGAAGCAGCUGCCUUGUCGUGUGCGGUUGGGUUGAGGGAGUUAAAAAUGGAUAAGUGUUUGCAACUUAGCGAUGUCGGUUUGGCGAAGAUCGCUGUCGCGUGUUUGAAGUUGGAGAAGUUGAGUUUGAAGUGGUGUAUGGAGAUAACUGAUCUCGGUGUCGAUCUUUUGUGUAAGAAAUGCUUGGAUAUGAAGUAUCUUGAUGUGUCUUAUCUCAAGGUGACAAAUGAAUCACUUUAUUCUAUUGCUUCUCUACUGAAGCUGGAAGUUUUGGGUUUGAUGGCCUGUCCUUUGAUUGAUGAUGUUGGAUUACAGUUUAUUGAGCGUGGAUGCCCUUUACUAAAGGUAAUUGAUGUAUCAAGGUGCGGUGGUGUGAGUUUGUCUGGUUUAAUCUCUGUCAUUAGAGGCCAUGGUAAUCUUCUGGAGCUUAAUGCAGCUUACUGUCUUUCAGACCUUUCUACAACCCUUCUGCAUUGGAUAAAGAACUUAAAGCACCUUGAAAUGAUCAGAAUUGAUGGUGCUAAAUUUUCUGAGUCUAGUUUCCAAGUCUUUAGCACCAAUUGCAAGUCAUUGGUAGAAAUUGGGCUCACCAAAUGCGUGGGGGUGACCGACAUGGGCAUAAUGAGACUUGUAUCUGGCUGCUUUAAUUUGAGAAUCCUAAAUCUAACAUGCUGCCAUUCCAUUACUGACGCUGCAAUUUCUGCCAUAGCUAACUCGUGCAGAAAGCUUUUAUGCCUGAAGCUAGAGACUUGUAAUAUGAUUACUGAGAUGGGUCUUUGUCAGCUUGGAUCCUUUUGUUUCCUACUUCAGGAGAUCGAUCUAACAGAUUGUUGCGGUGUAAAUGACAAAGGACUGGAAUAUUUAUCUAGAUGUUCUGAACUAUCAUGCUUGAAAUUAGGACUUUGCACAAACAUAUCAGACCAAGGACUCUUCUACAUCAGUUCUAACUGUUCUAAGAUUCAUGAACUAGACCUAUACCGGUGUACAGGUAUUGGUGAUAAUGGCAUAGAUGCUUUAUCUAGAGGUUGCAAGAAGUUGAAGAAACUCAACUUGUCAUACUGCAAUGAAGUUUCUGAUAGAGGGUUAGGAUUUAUUGGUCGUCUAGAGGAACUUUCUGAUCUGGAACUGCGUGGACUUGUUAAAAUUACUGGUGUGGGUUUGGAAGCAGUUGCAGCUGGAUGUAAGAGACUGGCAGACUUGGAUUUGAAGCAUUGUGAGAAACUUGGCGACUUGGGAUUUUGGGCACUUUCCUAUCACUCAAGGAACCUUCGACAGAUAAAUUUGAGCUACUGUACCAUCUCUGAUAUGGCAUUGUGUAUGGUGAUGGGGAACUUGACACGCCUGCAAGAGGCAAAGCUUGUGCACCUGCGCAAUGUCACAGUUGAAGGGUUUGAACUUGCACUCAGAGCCUGCUGUAUACGGAUCAAAAAGGUCAAGCUACUUGCCCGUUUAAGGUUCUUACUUUCAUCAGACAUUCUUGAAAACCUGCAUGCUAGAGGUUGCAUCAUAAGGUGGGAUUAGAUGAUUUUGUAUUGAAACUACAUAAGGAGAAUAAUGAAUAAACCCCUUGUGCCUUGUCCUUGGCUUGGGUUAGGAAAGAGUUUAGCGUCAGCUUUCAGGUGCAGAAUGAACUAAUUACCUUAUUAUCUCCCUUUCCAUUUAAAGUUGCAACUUAUAACCUCUUCCAAACGUUUUCUUCAGAAUAAAAGUCAUGUUUGAAGUUUCUAUUUUGCUUUAGCAUAAUAGGGUUUACUGUUUAAGUUACUUCAGUUGGGACUUGUUUUGACCAUGCUUUACAUAUUUGUAUUUUGACAGUAUUAUUUUAUCUAUCCUUCUAAGUAUGCUGUUGUGAAUUCAUGGUAUCAUGGCCAAAAAUAAGUUUGAAUGUCCGUUUUUGUCAACAUAACAGUCGAAAACUUGGAAUUCUAGUAUUGAAUGAACAAAAUCUAAAC